AUGGCUAACCUCUUCACCUCCCUAAUGUCUUCCCAGCAGCACCUGGCCCAGCUGCCCAUGAUGGGAGGAGCUUUCAUGGACUCGCCCAAUGAGGACUUCAGCACGGAGUACUCCCUCUUUAAUUCCUCCGCCAAUGUCCACACAGCCUCCAACGGCCAGCCGGAGGAGCCCCCACGGUCCUCCAACGAUGCCGUCUUGCUCUGGAUUGCCAUCAUAGCAACGCUGGGGAACAUCGUGGUGGUCGGGGUGGUGUACGCCUUCACCUUCUGA